GUCUAGCAAAGGGGUCAAAUGAAUGCCUAUUCUAUAGUAUAGACACUGGAGCAAAACGCAAGAAUUGUAGGGGCCUGGAAGGGUCAAGUGUGUCUUACAAUUUGUCAAUCACCCUUCUGGAACCACCUACGUUGGCAAUCCGAAGCGACUGUGUAUGCAAGUUUGGAGACUGAUAGCAGAGAAGACGCAUUUUUGAGAGAUACGUAGGAUCACUAAAACGUGAACCGCGACCUCGCGCAUCUCCUUUUCGCCUUCGCUUAUCCCAUCGUGGACGCCGUAAACUACUCGUCGUCGUACUUCAUUCGCCCAUUGCCGUACGCGUCUCUCGGUGUGCAUAAAGAAAUCCGCAAUGGCAGUUGCCCAAAUGGAGGAGAUGGAUCGUUCAAUGAACAUCUCAAGAGGACUAUAUCGCUCAAAUUCCCCUGCGACCGCGCGACUUGAAAAACGAAUAAAGGAGCUAGAAGAUCUACUUGACGAGGAACGUGCACUUCGUGUAAAGACUGAACGCGAUUUGGGAGAAUUAAACGCUGAAUGUGAUGUUCUGACAGCAAAUUAUCAAGACGCUUCCGAUCAGGUCACGCAGCAUGUUGAAACCAUCAAAAGACGAGAGGCCGAAUUCGCACGCAUACGUCGUGAAUUUGACGAGUUUAAGGAAGCCCAUGAGGAGACCUUGAAUAACCUACGACGGAGACAACAGACUACUCUUGCUGAAUUGACGACAGAGAUGGAGGGACUGCAACGGGCUAAAACCAAGGCGGAGAAAGAUCGCUCGGAGCUGGCACGUCAACUGGAAGUGGCUUUCACAGAGGCCGAAAGCGCGAAUAAAGCGAAGGCUGCCGUUCUGGCGAAACAGGAGUCACUAGAAGCUCAGGUCAUUCGGCUUCGAUCGAACUACGAAGACUGCCAAAAGCGAAUAUCUGAACUGAAUUCUCAGAAUGCACAAUUGAUUGCGGAGACUGCUGAAUACGCGCGUACCGUGGAAAAGCUGAAUUCCAACAUCACCACUUCACAAAGGGCUCAACUCAAUGCUGAGUCUUUAUUGAGUGAACAGAAGCGCACUUUGGAAGAGGAAGUGAAGUUGCGCACAAUAGCUCAAAAUCGGCUGAAUUCCAUGUUGCAAGAUUUGGAAAUGACUACUCAGCGAGCAGACGAGGAGGCGGAUAGUGCUACCAAAUUGCAAACCCAGGUAUCACGUCUCACUUCGGAGUUGGCCCAACUGCGAACAAAACAUGACAGAGAAGUGAAUGAAAAAGGAGAAGAACUUGAGGAGACAAGACGGCGCCUGAAUAGUCGGAUUACGGAGCUAACCGAAUCACAAGAACUUGAGCACAGUCGGGUAAUCAGUCUGGAAAGAACAAAGAAUCAAUUGGCAAGCCAAAUACAGGAGCUACAAAGCCAACUAGACACGCUUUACGCACAAUGUUCCGAACAAGCACAGGAUUUGAAAUCAAUGGAAACUGAACGCAAUGAGCUACAACAAUUGUUGGAAGAAUCGCAGAACGAAGAAGGUACAUUGCGAGCCAAAUCAGGACUAUUGCAACGAGAGUUGGCCCAACUCAAAUCGGCCAAGUCAGAGAUGGAAGAGCGAUUGCUUACAAUGGAAAAAGAAGCAAGACAGAACGCAGAAAAAUUACGGGAUUCCAAAGAGCGGUUAUCCACCAUGAGCCGUCAGAUAACCGAUUUGGAAAGCUCUCGUGCCCGCCUGGAAGCCGAGCGAGAUCACCUGGACAACACGUUAAAGGACACGGAAGACGCGUUGCACGAAAUUGAGACAAAAUAUCAAACGGUGCACUCUGCCCUGAUAAACUUGAGGAACGAGGUUGAAAGACAAUCAAGAGAUAAAGAGGAAGAGCUUGAAACAUUGAGGCGAUCCAGUCAACGAAAUAUUGAUAACUUGAAAGCUGCUUUGGAAGGAACCGAGACGAAGUAUCAAAAUGAGAUUGAGCGGAUUAAAAAGAAAAUGGACACGACAGUGGCCUCGUUCGAAGAACAAUUAGAGGAAACUAAACGAGGACGAACGGAAGCGGAGCAAGCUGCGCACGAUGCAGAGGAGCACGCAAGUCGGUUGGAGUAUGAAAUCGAACAAUCAAAUGGCCUAUUGGCAGAAACAUCGGCAGCACUACAGAUGAGCGAAAAUCGACGCUCAACAUUGGCAGACGAAGUGGAGAGUUUACGUAAUCAACUGGAGCUCAUUGAACGCCUUAAGCGAAAGUGUGAAGAGGAGGCUGCGGAAAAUGUCGCACGAAUCGGUGAUUUGAAUAGUCAAAUCAGUAACUUCACGAACGAACGUAGGAAGCUUGAGGGUCAAAUAGCUGUUCUUCAAGGUGAUCUGGAUGACGCUGUUGGAGCAAAAGAGGUGGCGGAUGAGAGAGGUGAACGUCUUCAGUCCGAGGUUACCAGAUUAGUGCAAGAGUUGCAAACAGAGCAAGAGUCUGCUCGGCGCUCAGACACAGCACGCAGACACCUGGAAGCAGAACUCAAAGACGCCAAUACAAAGUUACUGGAAUUGAGGCACACCGUGGACUCGGCCGAGCGAGAAGUUGAUGAGGCCAAAAAUACGGCAGAGGCUAGAAUGAGAGAGAUGCAAUUAGCACUGGAAGAAGAGUCCAAAAAAGCAAGAGACAGUCAGGUUCAGUUGAGAAAAUGUGAACGCUCUCUAAAAGAAUCCAUGCAAGCCGAAGAGGAUGCUCGGCGGAUGAUCAACGAGUUGAGGGAAUUGACAGAUAGAACCCAAGUGAAACUUCGUCAGACGAGGAGGCAACUUGAAGAAGCGGAAUCCUCUGCACAAUCUGCAAUGAACAAAUAUCGGAAGGCACAACAGCAACUCGACGACGCACACUUACGGGCGCAAAUGGCAGAAAGACGUCUGGGUAUGGGCCAAAAUGAUGAAACUAUGGCUACAUAUGGAACGAUCGGUCGCAACCGAACAAAUGCAAGUUUUAACUCCCGAACCAGAGCCUCCUCAAUCGCCCGUGAAGGUUCCAUAUACAGCACUGUCAGUGAAGUACCUCAGUCAACGUGGAAACCGCGAUUUAGCGCUGGCAGCGUGAAAUUUGCUCGUCGCGCAGACUCUUCUAACUAUCCGAGAGACACUGGAAGUUCACUCAGCCUACUGGACUUACCACCGGCUGAAACAAAUGGACAUAGUGGCCAAUUCUAGGCAGUGCAUCUAGGGAACACCUAGUGAUGAUGUUUACACUUUUCGAUAUUCCCUUUGCCUAAGUUCCGGUCAACAACUUAGGUGCUUUGAUAAAGCCCCCCCUUUUUUACCUUCUACAGUGCCAUAAGCUCUUCCAUAUAGUGAGCAUCACCUGCCGAACUCCACAUACCCUUGCUAUGCACCACAUAAAUGUUAGGCAAUAUGCAACAGCCCCCAUUUGCAUCCAUAGAACAUCCUACUUUGCGAAGCGAAGAGGCCAGUCCCAUUGUUACGGGGACGAUCCACACUUUUUCCAUGUUUGUAGUACGGCCCAAUCCCGAUGCGUUGCAUCCCAACGUCUUUUGUACAUCCCAAAACCAAAGACCUAUACUCCC